GUGCCCCCUCCGUGUUCAUCACUGCUUGGACCGUUGUCAGGAUUUACUUUUUCGAUGUUGGGUGCUGGGAGGAAAUAGUGGAAUCCCCAUUCUGGUGGAUCAUUAAAACUCCUAUUUUGGUGUCUAUUUUGGUGAACUUCAUUCUCUUCAUUUGCAUCAUCCGUAUCUUAGUCCAGAAGUUGCAUUCCCCAGACGUUGGACACAACGAAACCAGCCAAUAUUCGAGGCUGGCCAAGUCCACCUUGCUGCUGAUCCCUCUCUUUGGCAUUCACUACAUCAUGUUUGCUUUCUUCCCUGACAAUUUCAAAGCAGAAGUUAAGCUGGUCUUUGAGCUCGUGGUUGGGUCUUUCCAGGGAUUUGUGGUGGCUGUUCUGUACUGUUUUCUCAACGGGGAGGUCCAAGCUGAGCUCAAGCGAAAGUGGCGGAGGUGGCACCUGGAGCGGUUCCUGGGCUCGGACAUGAAGUAUCAUCACCCUUCCUUGGGCAGCAAUGGCACCAACUUCAGCACCCAGAUCUCCAUGCUGACCAAGUGCUCACCAAAGACCCGCCGGUGCUCUAGCUUCCAGGCUGAAUUCUCUCUGGUGUGAUGGAGUGAGGCUCUCUGAGCACUGAACAUCCAAAAGAGACACUGAGAGACAGAAGGAUCCCCAGGAAUCAGCGAUACGAUGACAAACCCUUGUGAAAUGACAUGCUCUGCAUGAGCCAACAGAGGACACAAAACUGGAAAAGCCAUAGGCGUCCAGAACAAGACCAGAUAAGCCAAGAGGCAGAGAAAUACUUUUCCUCUCUCUUUUCAGACCUUUCACUCUUAAGUUUCAUGCCCUCAGGGGAUGAUAACUGCGAGUAAAGGUCCCAGUCACUUGAGGAGAGCCUGGGAGAUCCUGAUCUGUCAUAAAUAAUGAAGUACAGGGGGUGAGGGAGGGGAAAGCCUGAGUCCUUGAUGGCUUUACCAGAACCAGCAUCUCUGUAACAGGUAAAUUGCACUUUUU